GUGACGUCGGAUCUGUUGCCCGGUUAGCUAGCUCCGAGCUAGUUAGCUCGCUGUAAAUGGUAACAGCCUGAAAUCGCCAGUUAACGUCAGCAAAGUGUCGGGUAACCAACGUUUUCUGGACAAUUGAUUGUCGGCGUCGCUCAUGGACGACGAAAGCCUCCCCAGGACCCUGUAUGUGGGAAACCUCUCCAGGGACGUAACAGAGAUUUUGAUUUUACAACUCUUCACCCAAAUUGGACCCUGCAAAAGUUGUAAAAUGAUCACAGAGCAUACAAGCACCGACCCGUACUGCUUUGUGGAGUUUUUUGAGCACAGAGAUGCUGCCGCAACCCUCGCAGCCAUGAAUGGGAGGAAGAUAUUAGGAAAGGAAGUUAAAGUGAAUUGGGCGACCACCCCAAGUAGCCAGAAGAAAGACACAUCCAAUCACUUUCAUGUUUUUGUGGGUGAUUUGAACCCAGAGAUUUCCACUGAAGAUGUCAAGGCUGCAUUUGCUCCUUUUGGGAAACUCUCUGAUGCACGCGUUGUGAAGGACAUGACGACCGGCAAAUCAAAGGGGUAUGGAUUUGUGUCCUUCUACAACAAACUGGAUGCUGAAAACGCCAUAAUCCACAUGGCGGGUCAGUGGCUCGGAGGACGCCAGAUCAGGACUAACUGGGCAACGCGUAAACCCCCGGCUCCUAAAAGUGUUCUGGACAAUAGCUCAAAGCAGCUGAGGUUUGAUGACGUCCUGAGUCAGUCCAGUCCACAGAACUGUACGGUGUACUGCGGUGGGAUCCAGACCGGACUAUCAGAACACUUAAUGCGACAGACCUUCUCGCCGUUUGGUCAAAUAAUGGAAGUCAGGGUUUUCCCAGAAAAAGGAUAUUCUUUCAUCAGGUUUUCCUCCCAUGACAGUGCUGCACAUGCCAUUGUUUCAGUCAAUGGUACAACCAUCGAGGGCCACACAGUCAAGUGCUACUGGGGCAAAGAGUCCACUGACAUGGCAAAAAGUCCACAGCAGUUUGACUACAGUCAGUGGGGCCAAUGGAACCAAGUUUAUGGGAAUCCCCAACAGCAGUACGGCCAGUAUGUGACCAAUGGGUGGCAGGUUCCUUCGUACAGCGUGUACGGCCAGACGUGGAAUCAGCAGGGAUUCGGAGUAGAGCAGUCCCAGUCGUCAGCCUGGAUGGGCGGCUUUGGAUCUCCAUCCACUCAGGCAGCUGCCGCUCCGGCUGCAUUCACAUCCAACAUGGCCAAUUUCAGCAUGGGUGGCUAUCAAACUCAGUAGGAUGGCCCGAGAGUAACGACAAGGGAACACAGCACUCUUUGAUCUGGACAGCUUUAUGGUAACGGGAGAGCAAGGGCCGUAUUCACAAAGCCUUUGAAGAGAAUAGCUGCUCCUAAGCAACCAGUUUAACUGUUGUGUUAUAAUCCAUUAGAACCGGAACCAUUAACUUUAUUUGGUGACACGUCAUAAUGUUUAAAGUAAAGUGCUCUCAGACUUCUAAAAGAAAAACUAAACUACCCAUCAUCGUCGAAUUAGUUAAUUAUAUAUCAAUAUUUUGAAUGCUUGGCCCUGUGACACCGUACCUCAUUUACAAAAGGAUUUAAAUCCUAAUAAAGGUCCCACGUGUAUGCAUGGUGAUCUUUGCCUAAUCACACAUUGACAAGUUGACAAAUUAGAUUUUUUCUUAUUAUUUAAAACCAAAAGACUCAUAUUCAAACCUUCAGGUUAAAAAAAAUACAAAAUAAAUGCACAAAGAACAGCCAAGCCGUUUUACAGACCUGAAAGCACAUAAAAGCCAUCGUGUUACUCCAACAGCUAACUGGAAUAUGACGAGGAUUAAAAUCCUUGGAAACCUCAAAUUCCCUGGCAUUAGCAGCGAAUGAUCAGACAUUAGCAGCAUCUGCUGUCGGAGGCUGCCGAUGUGUUUUUAAAAAUGAUGUUAAUGUGUCUUUACUGGUCAUGCUAGGGCAUUUUCAGUUUUCUACAAAACAGAGCAAACCUCUGGUGGGUUUGUGUGGUCGCAGGAGUGCACCGGUCAGUCUGAUCAGUCUGAGCUCUACUGAGCCACUGCCCUGGCCAGCCACAACUCUCAUGCAAAUGUCCUAACCCGACUGCAGCAGGGCAGGUUUAUGCAGGAGUUUAUACACGAGUGUCCAGGUGCCACUAAUCAAAACAACCAAGGCGGCUGCAGAAUGACUUUUACUGCAAAAAACGACAACAACCACCAGUGUUUCUACUCCACGCCAUUUUGGAUGUCGAUACUUGUCUGGUUGUCCGUCAGCCUGUCUUAUGCUUCAUUUGUGUCGUUGGUUGUCUGGCCAGUCAGUGGUUUCUUCUGAGUCUCUUGGUACUGCCCCUGGAUUCAAAGCCAAAUCUAGAGGAAUUACACUUAAUUCUUUUGUACCGGAGAGAGACAGAAUGGGGACGGCUGGCCAGGUUAACGGGCUACAUGGCUGACGUUGGUCUGAACCUCUAGUUCAUACUCAAGCUACACGCUAGUUGUACUGUGACAAAUGCAAAAAUGCUUUGUGGAUAGAGGCCCUAAAACGGAGGUCUCUCUUUACAGUAUAUACGUGAAGAAACCGUUUAUACAAGCAAUCAUGACUUUACAGAAGAUUUAAGUGGAGUGUGGUAUAUCCUAGAUAAACGUUUCAUACAGAGAAAUUACACCUACACUGCUCUAAAAGCAAAAAUCUACUAGAAUUUUUCUUUUUUUUUUUGUUUGGUUGGUUGUUGUUGGGUUGUUUUUUUUGUUUUGUUUUUUUAGAGAACAUUAAUACGCAGGUCACUUUUGGACUUUGAUGGAUUUUAGUUUACACCUUGAUGUAGCUGAAAAUGUAAAAACUGCUGAGCCUCCAGACUUGGUGAAGGUAAACUGCUGAUUCUGAAGCUGGUUUCUCCGAGGAAGACUUGAUUUUUAAGUGUUUUGCUUCUUCUUCCUCCUCGCUAACCUCGGCUAGAUUGACGUCACUCUCAAGUCGUUAUCUGGUUUGCUUAACAAUCUCCAACUUAAUUUUGACUCAAAACCAGCCCGUACUCGUGGCACCGUUUCGUUUUUUAUUAAGAUACAUAGAAUAUAGAGUUUUAAUUGGUAAAAGGGCAGUUAACGUUUGUCACACCUUUUUAGUACAUUCAUUUUCAAAUUUAACAUUAUCUUAAUUCACAGGAAAAAAUUAUAAAAAAAAAAAAAAAAAGAUGCGACUGGUUAAUUGUGACUAGAGGAUUUCUUAAAUAAAUCCUGCCAUUUGGGUUUUAUUUAUGUAUGUGCCAUCCUGUACAGUGUUAUACACACCUGGAAAACUCUCCCUCCAUUUGUAGAGCAAGAUUUCCUCCUUUUUUUUUCUUUUUUUUUGUUUGAAGCAGGGAGUGUUCAAGAAAUGAGUUUGGGUCAUGUUUGAGUGUAAAUAUAAACUAUGAUCCUGAACCUACGUGACACUUGAUGUACAUACUGUAGGUAGAUUGUUAUGAAGUUAAAUUCCAUAAUUGAAUUUCAGCAAUAUAAUUUAUGAGCAAGCCUUAUAAGAUUGGUUAGUAAAGUCAAACCUUUGAGUUAUUUAAAGAAGCUCCUUUUUUCUUUCUUUUUUUUUUUUUUUUCCCUUCCCCCCCCAACUAUAUUUCCCCAUUUUUACGUGUGUGUGCCAUUAUCGGAGUGUAGCAGGAAGCAGAUGAUGUGUCGGCCUGAACUGCACGUUUGUGACAUGUUGCUUAAAAUAUUGAAUGUAAUGGCAAUUUGCUUUUAUGUCAUAAUUUGAACAACAUAAGUGCUGUUUAAUAAUACAUGAUGAAAGCAGUUUUCCAUUUCAUGGAGAAAAAAAAACUCAAGUACCUUCAAAUAAAGAAACAUUUGUA